AUGUUUGGAUUGCAGUUCAAGGAUAAUAUAAAUUUUCCAAUUGUGGUUCGAAUCCGACUUGAUGUUGAUGUUAUUGAAGAUAUUGUUCAUCCACUUCAGACUGCAUUCGAUUUAAAAGGAAAAGCUCUUGGUAUCACUUUACCCAUCAAGUGUGAAAAUGGUGUUGGAUCAUGUAUGUAUCCUGAUUGGUGUGUGGCUUGCUCAACAUGUUCCUGUCCAGCACUCGGUAUUAAGCAAAUAAUGGAAAUACCAAUGAAUUUAACAGCAACUAUUCCUAUCGGCUCAAAGGCAAAAGUUAAAGCCGACAUUACUUUUCGAUCUGCCACAGGUCAAACAGGAUGUGUCAGAAUAACAGACGUUGAUUUGAGAAAAUAA